ACGUUGUUGAGCUCGUUGUGGUGCCACCUUGCAUCAAUAUCAUUGCGCCCCCACCUGGCGUGGUGCGAGCGGGUUAUCAGGGUAUUCAUAUUCCUAUUCGUUGUGCGUUUGAAUUUCAUCCAGAGGAAGGGAAAAAAGAGGCCCUAAUGGUCAUCAAAAACACCCGCACACGGCAGGAACUCCUUGUGGAGCUUCGUUGUGAGAGGGUGCAGCAGCUAUGCGCUGCAAUUGACCUCAUUCCUGUCCCAAAGGCGGCAAAGGGGCCCGGCAGCAUGGCGUACACCCCGCCCGUCUUGUCAUGUAAUCUCCCACCGCCACCAACAAUGGAAAUUGCUCACUUCCUCGAGGCCUUGUUGUGGAAUCUUGUGGAACAGUCUGUGAUGGAUGAGGAUGCACGCUGCUCAGAGGGUAAAGUGACGGAUGUGAGUGAGCUCAAUGAAAUAGAGCGUCAACCCGCGGUUUUGCGUUCGUACUGCCCACCUGUGCUGUUGAAAUCAUACUUGCCGGACAAGGAACCCGUGUGGUCCGAGUUGUUGGCGUUACGGGUCAGCAAUCAGAGCAGUUGCCAUGGUUCCUACACGGUGGAGGCCAUGCGGUAUUCGUUGAAGGGUUUCUUAGAGGGAUUGACAGGGAUCAGUACGAAAGGGGAGUCUCACGCCGUGAGAGCAACGGCAGCAACAGCGUCUACAACGACAGUUUGCAGUGGACGGUUGUCAGGGAAGCGAUAUCAUUCUGGGAAGAGUAGGGAGAGAAAACGUCGACGUCAAUUGGGUCUUGAUUCUUCUUGUGGGACGGGAUGCACUGGAGAGUCGGAUUUGAAUUUUUCUCUAGGUACUGUUGAACGUGCGUUCUGGUGCAAGGGGAUUGACGGAACGGAGCAGAUGGAGCGGGAGCGGCGAGCCAUGUUAUUUGACGCUCAGAAAGUACUACUGGAUGGGCGUGGCUGUGCCACCAUGUUUGGCAACGCCCCGGUUGGUCCGCUUUACCCAAAUGCCACAGUAGAGGUGCCUCUGUCCAUCUUUUCCAACCUUCCUGGAAGAUAUGAAGAGACACUACAGGUACGCUGUGGUAAAUUGCCCUACACACACAUUCCACUAACGCUGGAGCUGAGUGGGAAACCGGUGGUGCUUGACUCCAACACAGCUGGGCUCACGGUCUUGGGUGGCAGGGCACUGAUGCGCAUGCCGGCAGUCAUUGCUGGUGUUGGGCGAUCGAGGCGCAGUAUGGUUCUUAUUAAUCGCAUUCCACGUGAUUUGACGGUGUCGGUGAAGAUUUUUCUCACCACGGCGACCUUUUCAGUGGUUGCCGUGGAUGAGGAGGUGGAUGCGGCUGCCGUGACAUUGCAACUUCAGCCUGUCUCGGGCGAGGAGCAACGGCGUGAGUCGGAGGGGAAAGGGAAGGUGGCGGCGUCUCCGGAAAAUUUAUUUUUGCCCGCCUUGGCUUCACGGGAAGUCAUCAUUGAGUACGCCCCGGAUGCGACAUUUGUGCCGAAGGAGGGUGCUUCCGAGCGCGAGUGGCGUGGUGGUGUCAUCAUCACGGCCGAAGUUGCUGACACUCCCUUUAAUGACGGAUUCCUCAUUAAUGAGUUUUACCGUCUUCACGCCGCGCGGUACCCAGUGAGAGGUGGUGUCAUGAAGAGAAAGCGGCUGCGGGAGUCGGUGCCGAAGUGGAUGCGAAGUAUCGUGCGUCCCAUCAUGAUGCUGAACGUUCAGCAGCCCCUCAUAUCGCGGCCCGGGGUGGUGAAGAACAAUGCGAUUUUGUUGGCCACGCCAGGGGAGCUGACGGUGGUAAAGAAACACUUCGCCAUGAGCAAAUCGCAGAGUUGCGGCACCUUCAUGAGCGAAGAAGAUAAAAGCAACAUGGGUAACCAGAGCCAAAAGAAUAACAGCCGCAGCAGUUGUGCGAAAGGGAGCGAAGACAAGGGGGAGGAGGAUGAAGGGGAGGACACAAGCCUCGACGAGGAGUCGCGGGAGGACUACCAGGAUGAGACGCUUGUUUCUGAAAAACCGCUGGAGGUCAUUCUUGCCAUUGAAGAGGAACGCAAGGCCUUGCAUGCUUUUAUGGAGCAGCGGAAGCUGGAGAUGGCGGAGCACAGCCGACAUUACUUUAUUCCUAUUGAGCUUGAGGUGCGUGCUCGCUGCGGCGUUGCACAACUGACCGUUGAGCCCUCUGGCGAUGUUAUUCACUUCCCCCAAUACGUGGAAGAUGCGCCAUGUGUGCAGACUGUGCGGUUGAACAAUCUGGGCUGUGCGGCGAUGGAGUUUAUCUUGGAUUUGCCCUCCUCGUCAUUUAUAGUGGCGUCAGCACGGCAUAUUUCAAAGAACACCGAGGAAGAACUCAUGGAAGUGGAUGAUGAGGAGGAGGCACGAAAGCGGCGGGCAAUCGCGGCGUUGAAAUGGGUUACCCGCGAGGAGCAGCAGAGUUCACAACGGGUUUUGAGAGCAGCGAAACGACCGCAUUCUGGGGACAUGGCAAUAACAGAAGUGAAAAUGGCAAAUGUUGACUGCAUUGCUAGGAGUCACACGCGGAGUGGCGAUGCCGCUUUUGUGACCGUCACGAAGUAUCGAUUGCACCCACACGAUGCGUUGGAGGUGCAGUUGGAGUACUGCAAGCCAUCCAAGCAGGAGGUGCACGCCAUGAUGCGAGGCAGCAGCAUUGUGCAGGGAGCACUGAACAUCAUGUACCUCCCCUCCGACGGGGUGAUCAAGGAAUCAACAGCACACGAGGGCGGCGCGGCCCAUGCCUUGUGCCCGCCCCCAGUGCAAGAGGUGACGCAGACUAUUCCCAUCAUCCUUAGCUUUUCUUUGCCGUCGGUGCGCUGUAGCCCCUCCAUAUUGUGGUUUCGCCCGGGACAACUGCUGCACGAUGGCAGACCGCAGCCCUCAUAUGCACAGAAAAUACGGUUGCUGAGUUCCUACGCAUCCGCAGUCACUUUUGUGAUUGUUCCGUCUUGUCAAAUUUUUGCAGAAUUUUUUUCCGCCAACACCGCACCUUUUGAUGAGGGCGUUGCAGGGACGCAUGCCUACACCAGGAGCACCGCGCUACAGGCCACACAGCUCCUUACCCGCGAGCGUCAUAUCAAAGAGAUAGCAAACUACUGGAUGGAAGAUGAGGGCGAUGGUGCUGCUAAAGGUGGUGAUGGGGAGAAGGAUGAGAGUGAGACGGAAAUGGACAGCACUGGUGUUGAUGUUUGUAGCACCGAGUGCGAGAAACCGCAACCGAUGCAGCUGGAGCAGGAACAACAACAACAACAACGCCGCCGCCCACAGAAACAAACAGUGCGACAAAAGGAGGAGCGACAACAUGUCGUCGUGGAAGACACGGAGCGCUUCACCAUUACUCCAAUGCAAGGCACCAUUCCUGGCGCCACGCGAGGCGGCCAGCCCGGUGUGUGUGAGAUCUCUGUGACAUUCAAGGAACAUAUGAAUGUGCGCUUUGAAGCGGUGUAUGAUGUGUUGAUCAACGACGCUUUGGUUGAGGGCUGCUGUUUUGGCCUCCGCGGUGACAGCCGUGUGACGGAGAUAUAA